AUGAAAAUACGACUAUACCAGAGGCACAUAAAAGGACUCACCCUCGUCUUGUCAUGGUCCUGGAUUCUGUUGAGGCGUGAAGUGAGAUCUCAACAUUUACGCCUUAACUCUUCUGAUGUCGACAGUGAUGAUUACAAUCUGCUAGACACUAUGUCGCUAUCCCAAGGAUGUGCUCCUCAAGCCGAGGGCUCUAACGGAAGUAAUGAUGUGACAAACUUCAGCCAAUAUAUACCCCGAUUAGCUUGCGUUGACGAGAAAGGCUUACGGGAUCUCAUCACAUCACCUUCCAAAUUACGUCAAUGA